AUUUAGGAAGUAACCGGGUUGAUAUCUACUGUCGAUUGCCACAUUUGGAGAUAACUCACCAGGAGGCGCACCUGUCGGACGCAGCUGAUAUUAGAAAAAAAACAAAAUGUCUACAAUCAAAUGUUUACUACACUCCACUGCUGUUUUAUUUGUGACGUCAUUGUGUUAUGGACAGGUCCCUCGGCAAACCAGUGCCAUUGCGUCACACUGUGAGGGGUCGCUCUGUAACCUUAUUUUGGGGGUUAAAAAUAUACCCAAAAAGAUUCAGACGACAUCCGCCCCAGAAGUUUCCAAAGAAGGCCUACUUCCGGUCCUUCGAAUUUUAUCCGGAUUGUCGACUGUCAUACAGCGAGAAAAACAACGGAACCAAGAAAGAAGCAACACCCACGACAAACAGAUCACUGACCUCGUCAAUGUAGUGAGAACGCUUGUCACCAACACCAAGUUCUACAGAAACACGCUAAAAGAGGAAAUUGGUGAAUUGAAAAGACACAUGAUCCGCUUGAAUGGUAUGGUGACUGGUGCGACACCUAGUGGAGUGAUCGUGCGGCCUCUAGAAACCCCAGAUCUUUCAUCAGCGGCGGCAGUGGACUGCGCGGCAUUGUAUUUGGCCGGUGUAAAUGUGAGCGGUAUUUAUGUUCUUCAGCCUGACCCUACAGACAACAGAACAAGGUUCCCUGCGUUUUGUGACAUGGAGACGGAUGGCGGCGGAUGGACCGUUAUACAAAGACGCCAAUAUGGAAACGAGGAUUUCUUCAGAGGAUGGAAAAGUUAUAGUGAGGGCUUUGGCGACCUCCAUCACGAUUUCUGGUUAGGACUCAGAAACAUCCAUCUACUGACGAAAUUCGGCAACAACAAAAUGAGGUUUGAUCUCCACGACUGGAAUAACCAAACUCGGACUUCCUCGUUUGACUUCGUUAAUAUUGCGGAUGAAGCCGACAAUUUCCGUAUUUUGGCGGGCGGUUACCAUGGUACUGCUGGUGAUCCCUUUCAUACUACAAAUUUUGGUGACAGAAUGCAGAGCAUGCGCUUCAGCACUUUCGAUAAUGACAACGAUAUGAGUCCUAUGACGUCAUGCGCGCGCACAUUUAGCAGUGGUUGGUGGUUUAAUAACUGCUUCGUUGUUAAUCCCAACGGGAUUUGGUACUCAUCCCCCACGUACGGCGGGGAAACUCCCAAUGGCAUCAUCUGGAAUCUCUGGUAUUCUAAAGGAUACUCUCUUAAAAGUACCGAAAUCAAAUUACGCCCAGAACAUUUUUGAUAUAGAAUCCCACUUUGUACGUUCGAAACAAAAACCUUACACUCUGAUUAACGUUAUUGAACGUCAUGUUGAAAAUGAGUAGAAUAUAAUAGAAACAGAACAUUUUACUAUCAUCAUUGAAAAAAACCGAUCCGUACGUGUAUAUGCAAAAUAGGGUACAAAAAACUUGGUUGCUGACAAUGUUUAAAAAAAGGACGGGAUAAAAAGAGUAACUGCAUGCA